AUGAUUUACUCUUUAUACAUUAUCAAUAAAGCAGGCGGUCUUGUCUACCAAAAAGAUUUCGGCGGCCAUCUCGAAAAACUAUCGAGUAAUGAAUAUUUGGUUCUGGCAGGCACAUUUCACGGUGUUCAUGCCAUCACAAGCAAAAUCUCACCUGUACGAAACUCCUCUGGCAUUGAGAUGUUGGAGGCUGAAAAUUUCAAGCUAUAUUGUCACCAAACACUAACAGGCACGAAAUUUUUAUUGAUAACUAACCCUCAGAUUAAUAAUGUGGAGCCCUAUAUGAAGAAAAUAUAUAAUUUAUACAGCGAUUUUGUGAUGAAGAACCCUUUUCAUACACCAGAAAUGCCUAUACGUUCUGAUCAUUUCGACCAGUCUUUACUGAAGUUUAUCAAUGGAGCAAUGCACAAUUAA